AUGGUUCAACAAUCUCAAUAUGGAGGUAAUGCUACCGAAGAUUCAAAUUCUCAUUUGUCAACAUUUCUUGAAAUCUGUGAUACAAUUAAUUUUAAUGGUGUUAGUGAUGAUGCAAUUAAACUUCGAUUGUUUCUAUUUUCGCUAAGGGACAAGGCCAAGGUUUUGUUACAAUCUCAUCCUCCAAACACUUUUACUACUUGGGCUGAAUUAGCUAAGGCUUUUCUAAAUAAAUUCUUUUCACCUGAAAAAACUGCUAAGGUUAGAAUGGAUAUAACUAGUUUCUCUCAACAGGAAGGAGAGACAUUGUACGAAACUUGGGAGGGCUGUCGGGAAUUGCAACGAAGAUGUCCUCAUCAUGAUUUACCAGAUUGGCUAAUAGUCCAAACACUUUACAAUGGUCUUACCUUUCCGACAAAGACGCAUGUAGAUGCGACAGCGGGAGAAGCGUUGAUGGGAAAGUCAGCCGAGGAAGCUCAACAAUUGAUUGAAGAAAUGGUUGCUAAUAAUUAUCAAUGGGCUAACGAACGAGAUAAUACAAGGAGAACCGCAAGUAUGCUUGAAGUAGAUACCUUGAAUAUGUUAAGUGCAAAGAUAGAUAAUGUGGUUGAGAUGCUUAACAGGCAAGUUGGUUCUAGUUCUAACCAAGGAGUAGUUGUGGCAUAUUGUACUAACUAUGGAGGAGACCAUGAUGAUUCUGUGUGUUCUAGCAGCGAACAGGUUCAAUAUCUCAACAAUUACAAUCGUCCACCCCAAAACAAUCUAUACUCCAAUACCUAUAAUUUGGGGUGGAGAAAUCAUCCAAAUUUUGGAUGGAAAGAUCAAGGCAAUCAACAAAGGGCAACCAAUCCGCCGGGAUUUCAAUCGAGGCAACCACAGGAAAAACUUGCUAAGGUGACUUCGGAUAGAUUCGAGCGAGUUGAGGGGCGGUUGGACCAAUUGGCAGGGAUGUACAGAAACUUGGAGGUUCAAGUUGGUCAAAUUGCCAAUAUGAUCAACAACAGAAACCCUGGUGAAUUGCCGAGUAAAAUCGAAGUGAAUCCGAUAGAGUAUGUCAAUACAAUCACUCUUAGAAGCGGUAAAACGGUUGAAGGACCUAAUUUUGAAAAUUCAGGUGGUGAAAAAGACAAGGAGCAAUCAAUCGAAGGGGAGAAAGAAAGUCGAAAUGAUCAUAUUGUCAUUGAUAUUGAUGCACUUCCUCCCAAAUUAAAUUUUCAGUUAAAUUCUAAUGUGAUUCCUUUUCCUCACAGAUUGAAGAAAGAUGGACAGGAUCGGGAGUUUGAAAAGUUCUUCAAAAUGUUUAAACAAUUGCAUAUUAACAUUCCUUUCAUUGAUGCUAUAACACAGAUUCCCUCUUAUGCACGUUUCUUGAAAGACAUUAUGUCAAGAAAGAGGAAAAUAGUAGAUAAUGAGAUGAUAGCAUUAACGGAAGAGUGUAGUGCAUUGAUUAAAAACAAACUCCCUCCUAAAUUAAAAGAUCCGGGAAGCUUUUCUAUUCCUUGCACAAUUGGUCAAUUACAUUUUUCUAAUGCUAUAUGUGAUUUAGGUGCAAGUGUGUCACUCUUGCCACUAUCGGUUGCCCGGAGGUUAGGACUUCAAGAGCUAAAAGUUACCAAUAUCACAUUGCAAUUGGUGGAUCAGUCAAUCACACAUCCAAAGGGUAUUUUGGAAAAUGUGCUCAUAAAGGCAAGAAAAUCUAUAAUACCUGUGGAUUUUGUUGUCUUAGAUAUUGAAGAAGAUGUGAGAAUGCCAAUUAUUCUAGGAAGACCGUUUUUAGCCACCGCACGAACUAUAAUUGAUGUGGAAAAAGGUAAGCUUAUAUUACGGGUUAAUGGUGAGAAAUUGGAAUUCAAUUUGGAUAAUAAAGAAGGGAGUAUAGAGCCUACUGCUCUUGUUUCUAAUAUGCCAACCAAGAAAGGAACGAAGAACUUAAAUUUAUAA